GGACAAACUAGAAAGUGCAGCGUUUUUAUGGCGUCGACAAAGAAUUCAAAUGAAGAAGCACUCAAGAUGAAGAGCAAACCUGGGUAAAAGCAACACAACAAAACUAAGAUGUCUAAACACCAUCGAGACCCCAUCAAAACAGAGUGUGGAACACAGUCAGAUGAUGUUUACUGCAAUAGAGAAGAACCAGACAUUAGCCAAUCACCCUACAUUACUAAAGGGGUUUGUAUCAGCUCCAUCCAAAUCAAAGAGGAACCAACAGACUUUGAACAGCAGGGAAUGGGAGAGGAACCAAACCGUUCUGUUCCUUCCUUCCAGAAGAAGCACAUCAAACAUCAAAAUACAUCCAAUCCAAUGACCGGAUGUAGCAAGAUAUCAUUGAGUCCUGUGGUGACACUAACAAGAUUGUCUAAUGUAGUGGUUAAGACACUUCUGCGAGACACUAAGGUGUGUUUGGUGAAGGAGGAAAACUCAGACGAGACAGAUGGAGUCUCUACUUCUCAGUUCUUUCCUUGUCCACACUGCACCAUCUCCUUCACUGACUGUUACUUCCUGGAGAAUCACAUCAAGACCAAACACCAGAAGCAGUACGUGGCCAUGCUGAAAAGCCAUGUCUCAACAAGUAAAACCGUGUAUGCCCCCACACACAGCUGUCCCCACUGUAGCUGCAUGUUCCAUACCCCACGACAGCUACACGUCCACACUGGCUGGGGUUCUUUGAUAUGUGCGGCGGCACGAAACACACGCCCUGGUCCCAGGGUCUGCUGGGGUUGUGGCCAGCCAGGCCAUCUGCGCCGGGAUUGCCCCAUGUCCUCCAGUGCUCAGGGAAACGGCUCGGGGUCCGCAUAG